AUCGAUAUUGUCAUUUGAGACAUAUCGAUAGCAAAGCGAACAAUUUUUUAGAGCUGAGCAAAUACACGACUGUUUGGCCUUUCAAGCAACAUGUUCACAAAUUUAUUACACAUACAUAUAGAUAGAUAAACAAGGUUCAUAUAUAUAACUCCCACCAAAGAUUAAAGUCUUUCAGCCACGCAUCAAAUUGUUGUUGCAUAAAUUAUAUAAAUUGUUAAUAUUUACUCUCCAUUUCAUUCAUCGUGUAAACUACAAAUUGUGUUACUAUGAAAUAAUGUCAUCGCAACAGCGCAAAUUCAUACGGAAACAAAACGUUUCAAACAACACUGCAAAUACUGUAAAUCCAAACACGCAUCUAUUUUUGUAAUGCUCACAAUAGUCGUAACAAUUGCAAUCAGUGUUGGCUAAAGCUACCAAAACAUCCAACAGACAACGGACAGGUGGAUAUGGCUGCGAUAAAGAACAUCGCGCUGGGCGUUUUGUACGGGCUGUGGGACAGCAUACGCGGAAUGACGCUGGUUCUGCACAUAGACAAUGAGGUGGCUAGACAAAAUGCAGAACUGGAGACAAUGCGCCAACUGCGCAGAAUGGACAGGGAUCAAUACAAACAAACGCAACGAUCUCCUUCGCCAGUGCCCAGCUCUGCAGCGGCAAUGAUACGCGAGGAGUUGGAUAAGCGGGCGGAGGCCAAUUCUGAUGAACGUACUUUGGAAAAGAUAUUCAAAAAGAAACCAGUGGAAAAGCAAGAGCCACAGGCUGAGAAGAAAAUAGCCAAGAAAUUAUUAAAAUGCUGCCUACUAAAUGGCGGCUUCACGUGGCUAAGCAUUGUGCUGUUUGAGAACGUGUUGCUGCCCACGCUCAAAUUCUGCCUGACCAUCUUCUAUGGCGCGCAGUCAGAUACUCUACCAUUCGUCUGGAGCUGGCUGCAUCCCAUCUUGUCCUUGAUAUUUGGCAUGAUGUGGGUACUGCCUAUAUUCAUGCUGUCGAAGAUUGUCAGCUCGUUGUGGUUUGCGGACAUUGCGAAUGCGGCGUAUCGUGUGCGCAAAGGUCGGCCACAAUUGAUACCCGGCAUAAGUAAGCUGGUGGCCGAUUUCCUCUUCAGCAUGGUGGUACAAAUGCUGUUCCUGGUGCAGAGCAUGCUGGUGAAUUUGGUGCCAGUCAAAUAUGUGGGCUCCUCAUUAUGCUUUCUGCAUUUGUGCCUUCUCUAUUCGCUGUACUCCUUUGAGUAUAAAUGGUUUAACAUGGGAUGGGAGCUGCAUCGACGUCUCACCUACAUUGAAAAGAAUUGGCCAUAUUUCUUCGGUUUUGGCAUACCGCUGACGGUGCUAACAAAUAUGUCCAGCUCAGUGAUUGUCAGCAGCUGUAUAUUUUCCAUAUUCUUUCCGCUCUUCAUACUCAGCGGCAAUGAGGCAAAGCCCAUUGUGGACACAACGGAAAUUUCACUACGGCUUUUCUCGCCGGUGGUUUUCAUAUCCAAUCUAUGCUUUGGCGGUAAUCCAUGGAGCAAAACUAAUCGACUGUUGGCUCAGCAGCGCAAACAACUGGAGCAGCAGCGUCGCGAAGAGCUGCUGCUAAAGCAGAAGAAACAGCAAUAUAUGCUGCACCAGCAACGGGGCCAUGAGGCACGGCGCGAACAUUCAACGUCGCGCUCACGCACACCGCAGCCCGGGCAGCCGCAUUAUCGUUACGCCCAACCGCCUGCGUUUGAUGCAGCUCGAGUGCGUGACUCUUCGGCCUCGUCCACGCACAGUUCUAAUGCUGCCACGCCGACCAGUUAUAGGCCGCCCCCUUUCUUUGGCGCUGCUGGAAUGCACAGCAAUGUGCCCCUAGUGCCCAUACCUGUGCCCGGUGCACCCCGCACGCCUAUUGUUGUGCGCGAGGAGUCGGGGCCAGAUGACUGGAAUUUGUGAGAUUUUGAUGCAUAUAUGCACACACACGCAGAGAUACAGAGAUAGUUUAAUAAGCAUAGGCUUUAGCAUGUAUGUAUAUAUAUAUAUUCAUGUACUGCAAUUGAACUGUGUAUGUUAAAAUUUAAUUUAAGUCUACGCAUAAUGACAAUGCAUACUAGUCGUUGGUCGACAGCGCCUGUCCACAACUAGUAGCUACUUAUCUAAUAUAUAUACUCGUAUCUAAGGUGGCGCCCAAUCAAGGGUAUUUUUUUAUCUGACUGGUCAUUC